UAACGUCACAGAACCGUACGACGUCAUUACCGGGCGACAGGAGCGUAAACAAGCCGUAAACAAGCCUUAAACAAGACACAUAUCACAUUCUGAUUUCUGAAUUUAGAAAGAAAGUAAACGGGAUUUAAAUAUGCCCAAAGUGGUGUCUCGGAGUGUGGUGUGUUCAGACACCCGUGACAGGGAGGAGUAUGAUGACGGGGAGAAGCCCCUGCACGUAUAUUACUGCUUGUGCGGCCAGAUGGUCCUGGUUCUGGACUGUCAGAUAGAGAAAUUACCCAUGAGGCCACGGGACAAAGCCAGAGUGAUCGAUGCAGCAAAACAUGCCCACAAGUUCUGCAACGUGGAGGAAGAUGAGACUGUGUAUUUGAAAAGGUCGGAGGGCAUUGAAAAACAGUUUCGCAAAAAAUGUGGGAAGUGUGGUCUCCUCUUGUUUUAUCAGCAUCAGAUGAAAAGCACUCCAGCGACAUUCAUCGUGGAUGGAGCGCUGGUGAAGUUCGGCCAGGGAUUUGGCAACACAAGCGUGUACAGCCAGAAACAAGAGACGCCAAAGAAAGUCAGGGUUAUGAUGACAAAGCGCACCAAAGACAUGGGCAAGUUCAGCUCUGUUACUGUUUCAACCAUCGAUGAAGAAGAGGAAGAGAUUGAAGCGCGGGAGGUGGCAGAUUCUUAUGCCCAGAAUGCCAAAGUGAUUGAGAAACAGCUGGAGAGGAAAGGAAUGAGCAAGAGACGACUUCAGGAACUGGCGGAGCUUGAGGCGAAGAAAGCCAAGAUGAAGGGAACUCUCAUUGACAACCAGUUCAAAUGAAGAUUGUGUGUAAAUGAGAAAGACAGGAAAUGAAUGAGUUGUCUCAUGUAGCUGCUGGAGAGUGUGUGUUUGUGCAGUUGUGUGUGUAUGGAAGGAGAUGGAGGGUAUUGUUUUUAUUUCACUUUGUUUUGUCUUUUUUUAUUACAGAUUUAUUUUAAUGUUUGAAUGAUAAAUUGGAUUUUCAUGCUAUUUUUCAUUAAAUAAAAACAACUGAAUUUCCUUAUGUCAGAUAUAGACAUGUGCAGUGUUUGUAGGACUUGAGUUUCUCUGACAUGUAAUUUCAAGGCUACUGUGUUUGUGUAAUGUUUGCAGUAGCAUUUUUUGUUUUCCUGUCCUUCAACACAGCAUGUGUUCAUGGUCAUGUUCACACAUGUUCAGUUCAGUUGUUCUGCUCAGUUUUGUGAGCAAGAUCGAUCAAGCAAAUCACUGGAAGUGCCAUGUGGACAGAACCUAGAGAACCUCUGAAAAGUGAUGAUCUGCACCUGCAGGAAUAAAGCUGUGUGUAUUUGUACGGCUGGGCCAGUGUUUCUCAGUCCAAUGCGGUCCGUGAUUAAUAAUCAGAUUCUGGAUCAGUGAACAGUAGAUGAGCAUUACUUCACACCUGCACAGACCCCAGUGAGGCAUUGUACGUGCACAGGUGCAGUUAAUCGCCACUCAUGCUGGACAGGCAUCAUACCAGACCGUCUAUAAUGAACCAACC